AUGACGGCCAUCAAGGUCUUGGACGUAGGAGAUGAUGACGGCUUUGAGGAGGAAGUUCGUGUCCUGAGCAAGUUCCGGCAUCCAAACUUGGUCAUCCUCAUGGGCUUUGCCCGCAAUGGGCCCCAGCGCUUCCUGGUUUACGAGCUUCUGGGGGGGGGUGACCUCUUCCGGCGGAUUCAGCGCUGCAUCCUUGAGAACGUACAGUUUACUUGGCUUGAGCGCAUCAGCGUCGCUUACGACUCGUCCUGUGGGCUUUCACACCUGCACAACUCGACGCCAAAGGUGUUUCAUCGCGACAUCAAGUGCCCCAACAUACUGCUGGACCGAAACGGCACGGCCAAGAUUGCCGACUUUGGAUUGGCUUGCUGCUCUCACAGCAAGGAGCAGAAGGUGAAUCAGGCAGCCGGAACAGUGGGCUACGCAUGCCCACACUACGUCAACAGGGGCGUGGUGACCGAGGGCAGCGAGGUCUACUCUUUCGGAAUCGUAUUGCUGGAACUCCUGACCGCGGCUCUGCCAGCUGUGCAGGUGAAGGCUGCAGAUGGCACGCAGCAGUACCAUUUUCUUGUCACUGAAAUUGGCAAUGAUGUGGGCGCGGCUGUGCGGAGAGCCGACCGGAAGGCAAAGUUCCCUCCACAUGCAGCUGAAGCUUUCGCUGCGCUUGGUCUUCGCUGCACCGAGUACCAGGAGGAGUACCGCCCUCCCUUCAGAGACGUGGUGGUAGCAUUGCGAGAGAUGCUGCCUAACUCAGAGGUACCAGAGCCCCCACCUGUUCGGCGUACGCACGAGUCCAACCAGUUCGCCCAGGGAUACCAAGCCCAGCCUGGCUUCAAUGCCCACAUUGGCCACCUUGGUGGCCACCUUGGUGGCCAAGGUUACCUCCAGGAUCAAAGCCAACCAGUUAUAGAGGAAUUUGAGGACCGGAGGCUGCAGCUGGCCGUGCAGCGCCAGCCUUCCAUGCACGACGAUCGCUUCAAAGGCGUGGCUAUGCGUGGCUGGUGCUGUGGAGUUGUUCAUUUGACAUCGAGAUGCAUGAACUACUAUUCGCAGAAAGCUUGCUUUCCUUGGGACAGGUAA